ACUGCAGUUCCCGCUAGGUAUAUAAACAGCCUACCCGAAAUUCUACCCUUCUUUCUUCCAAUUCCAGUUUCCUAAUUAAGCCCCAAAAUAGGAAAAAUAAAGCAACAUUUCGCUUUUUUCAGCUCCCGAUUCCAUGUGGCUUUGAGCAUAUUUAUUCUUGUAAAAAACACUAGUAAGGCCUGGCUCUGGAGAGCUAUUUAGACUCUGGCCAUCCAGGGGCGGUGCCUCCCAUGGUGCCUUCUCGGGUGGCUGGAGGGCUAACACAAUCUUCCUCAAGUUCUGGAAUUUUCUUUCAAGGAGACGGGCAGUCCCAAGCUGUUGUUAACUCUCACUUGAGCUCAUCCUUCGCGAAUUCUUCUAAUUCAAUUCCUGGAACUGGGCGUUCGAAUUUGGGUCCGGUUUCUGGGGACAUGAACAAUGCAGUGUUGAACAGUGUCGCGAAUUCUGGUCCAAGUGUUGGGGCAAGUUCUUUGGUCACAGAUGCAAAUUCUGCACUUUCAGGAGGUCCACAUUUGCAGAGAAGUGCAAGCAUCAAUACAGAGUCAUAUUUAUGCGUACCAGCAUCACCAAUGUCAUUUUCAUCAAAUAACAUUAGCAUCUCUGGGUCAUCGGUUAUGGAUGGAUCAUCUGUAGUGCAACAGAGUUCUCAUCAGGAUCAUAAUGCUCAACAAGUACAGCAAAGUCAGCAGCAUCAACAAGGAGCAACGAGUGCUACAUCAUUACCCACUUCACAAACUGGUCAAGUUUCACUUCCAAUGGGUGUGCGCCUUCCUGGAUCAUUCCUUCAAGAUCCAAAUAAUUUAUCCCAGGUGCAAAAGAAACCCCGGUUGGAUAUGAAGCAGCAGGAAGAUAUGCUGCAACAUCAGGUGUUACAGCAACUCCUGCAAAGACAGGACUCCAUGCAGUUCCAAGGCCGCAAUCCACAGUUACAAGCUUUGCUUCAGCAGCAGAGAUUACGGCAACAGCAACAGAUGUUGCAGUCUAUGCCACAGUUGCAGAGAGCCCAAUUGCAGCAGCAACAACAACAACAACAACAACAGCAGCAGCAGCAGCAGCAGAUGCAGUUGAGGCAACUGCAGCAGCAGCAAGCUAUGCAGCAGCCACAAUCUGGAAUAAAACGGCCGUUUGAUGGUGGUGUAGCUGGUGUAUGUUCUCGGCGACUGAUGCAAUAUCUAUAUCAUCAGCGGCAAAGGCCAGCUGAUAAUACUAUUGCAUAUUGGAGGAAGUUUGUUGCAGAGUACUACUCUCCUCGUGCAAAAAAGAGAUGGUGCUUAUCUUUAUAUGAAAAUGUUGGGCACCAUGCUCUUGGUGUGUUUCCCCAGGCAGCUAUGGAUGCUUGGCAGUGUGACAUUUGUGGUUCUAAAUCUGGAAAGGGUUUUGAGGCAACGUCUGAAGUGCUCCCUAGACUUAAUGAGAUUAAGUUUGGCAGUGGAGUCAUUGAUGAGCUUAUUUUUUUGGACUUGCCACGUGAAAGUAGAUCCCCAACUGGUAUAAUGAUGUUGGAGUACGGAAAAGCAGUACAAGAAAGUGUGUAUGAGCAGCUUCGUGUUGUUCGUGAGGGCCGACUUCGUAUCAUAUUUACACAAGAUUUAAAGAUCUUAUCUUGGGAGUUUUGUGCUCGUCGCCAUGAAGAACUUCUUCCUCGAAGGUUGGUUGCACCGCAGGUGAAUCAGCUGGUUCAGGUUGCACAGAAGUGCCAAAAUACAAUUGCUGAAAGUGGAUCAGAUGGGGUUUCUCAGCAAGAUUUACAAACGAACAGCAACAUGGUACUAUCAGCUGGACGACAGCUGGCAAAGAGCUUGGAGCUACAGUCACUGAACGACUUGGGUUUCUCUAAAAGAUAUGUGAGGUGUUUGCAGAUCUCUGAGGUCGUGAAUAGUAUGAAAGAUCUGAUUGAUUUCUGCGGGGAGCACAAAGUUGGGCCUAUUGAGGGGUUAAAGAAUUAUCCUCGACAUUCUAGUGCCGCCAAACUCCAAAUGCAAAAGAUGCAGGAAAUGGAGCAGUUAGCGAGUGUUCAGGGUAUGCCAACGGACAGGAAUACUCUUAAUAAGCUAAUGGCAUUGCAUCCUGGAUUAAAUAAUCAAAUGAACAACAAUCAUCAAAUGGUAAACCGAGGGGCUUUAAGUGGUUCAGCACAAGCAGCUAUGGCACUAACUAAUUACCAGAAUUUACUAAUGAGGUCAAACUCUAUGAAUUCAAAUCCCAACUCCAUACAACAAGAGGCAUCAUCAUCCUUUAACAAUUCCAACCAAAGUCCAUCAUCACCUUACCAAGGGGCUGCUUCUUUAAUACCAGGAUCCAUGCAGCACGUAUCUGCUAGUGGUUACUCUAGCCCCCACCUACCUCCACAACAGCAGCAGCUGCAGCAGCAGCAGCGCUCGUUGAGUGCUAAUAACAUGCUACAACAGAACCAUCCACAGACCCCUCAAGGCAACCAAGCCUUGCAGCAGCAGCAGAUGAUCCAGCAACUGAUGCAGGAGAUGUCGUCUAACAGUGGAGUGGUACAACAACAGUCUGUUUCUGGAGGAAAUGCUAAUGGGGUGAGGAAUGGUUCAAGUUAUGGGGGUAACACUUCAGCGGCCACAGCUGUAGCAACAACUACAACUGCCAAUGUAGCAGGAAGUAAUGGACCUGCACCCCCAAGCAGGAGUAACAGUUUUAAAGCUGCAUCAAACAGUGACACUUCAGCUGGUGGUAACAAUGGAUUCCACCAGCGAACACCCGAGUUGCCCCAGAAUCUUCACUUGCAAGGAGAUAUCACGACCGACAUCUCCCAUGAGUUCACAGAAAACGGGUUUUUCAACAAUGAUCUUGACGAUAACAUGGGGUAUGGCUGGAAGGCAUGACUAACAAAAUUUGGUCUAAUUAUUGGCGAUCCAGGCCGCACAAGUGGGGCAUAAUAUAUCUUUGUACAGGUCAAUUGAGAUAGCUGCUUUCUUUACCCCUUUUAUUAUGGUUCUCUUUUUUCUUUUUAAUUUUUAAAGUAUGGAAUUUGUGGUGACUUGGCCCGCUUGUACUUCAGUAGUUCCGUAGGAUCAUUAGUAAUCUUCUUCUUUCUUUUUUUUUGGUGUCGCCCAAGUCUUGCAAGUGUAAUCUAUUGGACAAAAACCUAAGAACAAACAGAUUUCGUAUUUAACAUGUUUACAUGUUUUACA